AUGCUAUCUACAUCCCCUCCACCUGGAAUUUCACCGCCGCACAGGUCACCGGCCGUGAGCAGCCUACAUGACCUCGAUUUCGAGGUGGUGGAAGAGCCCAAACCAACCGCUAAGCCACCACCGCCUGUGCCUCCAACUCUUUCACUGGACUUGCGUUUGAGAUGGCUAGAGGCUCUGCUGCUUGGAGCACGUCCAGAUGUUGCAGAGCGCAAGCACACCGAGACGAGAGCUGGCGAGACUGUGGCGCGGAGCGUAGAGGACCUGCAACGCAAGCUUGAUACAAUUGUGCAAAGCAAUGACGGUCUUCGCAGAUUUAUGGAUCAUUAUGAGCAAUAUGCCCAGUACCUCACUCCUGCAUUCGCUCUAUCCGGCUUAAUCCCAAUCGCGCCCUCAUACGAGAACAUGACCCCAGCCGAACUCGAGGCAUUUCUUACCGAGAUGGAACCCGAUAUUCGUGCCGCCGAGCGUGACCUACGCGAGAUUGCUGCUCUCGAAGACAAAGGCGUCACUGGUGCUGGCCGACUGGCAGAGUGCAAAGACUUGCAGCCACUAUUAGAAGCAUUGUUGAAAGCGCAGGAGGAAGACGGAAAGAUGGCAUCAGCACUCGAGACGCGGAUCGGGGCCCUCAUGGAUCGAUAUACUACGAGGGUCGAUACGCUUUCAGAAUUAUUUGUGGCGUGGGACGAGACGCUACAACAGGCAGAAGAUCGCCUUGUACAUCUCGAACAGCAACGGGAAGAACGGAGAAAGUUGGGUUAUGAAUGA